AUGAAAAGCCUAAGGGCUUUCCUCGUUGUUCUAACUCUCAUACAGGCUUCCUUAGGAAUUCUGUUUGGGAAGGAAUUUUAUGACAAUUCACUGGAUCGCAAGCUGAGCUUAGAUCCCAGCACGUCAGAAAGUCUGCUCAUUCCUUUCAAUAUUACGCGAGUGCCUGGAAGCUCAGGCUCCGAGAAAGUUCAGGAAUUCAUCACAAAACAUUUCAAGACCUUGCAAAGCGAUUGGCUGAUUGAGCCCCUGCAAUUUGCUGAGAACAGUAUAAAUUUCACAAACUUGGUAUUCACACUUGGAAAAAAUGCCAGCAGUUAUCUCAUGCUGGCAGCUCAUUACGAUUCCAAAAAGUCCCCCGCGGGGUUCAUUGGUGCUACAGACAGCGCAGCUUCUUGUGCAAUUCUUAUGUACAUCUCUGAGUUUCUAGAUAGUCUGGAGACUGGGAUUAAUGCUGGCCUUGAAGAGAGUUUUUGGCAGGGGUCUAAAGGUCUCAAAAUAGUUUUUUUUGAUGGAGAGGAGGCUUUGAAUCAAUGGACAUCAGAAGACUCCAUAUACGGAGCGAGAAACUUGGCAUCUCUCUGGAAAAGGGAUGGUACUAUUGAGAAGAUAGAAGCAAUGAUAUUACUCGACCUACUUGGGAGCAAAGAUCAUGUUACGGUACCAAGCUAUUUCGAGCAGUCAGAUAUGAUGUACAAGAAGAUUGUUGAAAUCAAGACGCAAAACACUGACGCACUUCCCUUUAAAGAAGAAUUGCUUGACGUUUCUGAACGCAAGUUUGUUGAAGCUAAAGGAAAUUAUAUUGAGGACGAUCAUACUCCCUUCUGGCAGCAUGGUAUACCAGUAUUGCAUUUAAUUCCUAUUCCCUUUCCAUCUUACUGGCAUACUAUAGAAGACAAUUUUUCCAACUUAGAUGAAGUGAAAAUAAAAACUUGGGCCAUUCUUCUUUGCGAGUUCCUUUACGAUAGAUUCGACUAA